CGAUGAGUCGCAGCAUCGUAAGACAGAGUAAGUUCCGGCACGUCUUCGGUCAGGCUGGGAAGACGGAGCAGGGCUACGAUGACAUACGCGUUUCCAAGGUGACGUGGGACAGCUCGUUCUGUGCCGUCAACCCAAAGUUCCUGGCCGUCAUUGUGGAGUCCAGCGGGGGCGGAGCCUUCCUCGUCUUGCCCCUCUCUAAGGUCAGUCAGUCUGGGAUUCAAACAACAACAAAGCAGGCACCCUGCCACUUCUUUUGGUAAACAGCUGAGGGAUAGGGCUGGAGGUCAGUCAACCAUUAAAGGGGUAAUCUGCAGUUGCUACGUCAAUUUUUAAACUUAUAAAUUAAAUUAUAUAUACCCAUUGAUUCUUGAAUAAUUUAACAUAUAAAUGCCUUAUGAGCUUAGUUCAACUGUUGUACCCCAUCAGAAGCUUGUUUGUAAACAAAGUAAAUGUAAAUAAAACACUAUAUAGCCUCAAAACAUGGUUAAAACUAUAAUGUUGAUAUCAUGGAUGGUCUGUCCUUGCAUCCAUAGCUGUCUAUGAAUUUCAGCGUGAUUACAUUUCUCCAGCCCCAUCCCUCAGCUUUUUACAGAACCAGGGGCGGGGUGUUGGCUUUGUUAUUGUUUCAACUGCUGAUUGCCGCUUUAAGGGAUAUCGGUUUUUGACCUUUACCUGUAUUUUUUAACUUGUCCUGAAAGCAGUCCAUGGGCCGAUAGACCGUCAUCCAUGGUUCAGAUUUGUUUCAGAAGCCACUACUAGUACUAACUUCAUUUAAUAGCCACUGCCAACCAAAGGGAAAACUCACCAUGUAAAAAAAUGUGGGACAAAUUCAAAUCAACAAAACACAAUGCACCGACAUCGCACUGUACUUUACUUUUAAAGGUAAUUUAUGCUUCAGACGAUGUCGGUGUCAUUGACAGCGAAUGUGAUCUCUGCUAAAGUCUGGGAAAUGUCCUUUAAAAGUCAAUUGCAGUGCGAUGUAGGUUUGUUUGAAUUCCAGCCUUGGUUUGAAGUUCCUUAGAGAUGAUUUAACUUAAUAUUUAGAACAUGAUGAGCUUUCUGUGCUGAGGGUUGGACAGUUGAACGGGACUGUGUUGGGAACAGCAUUGAUUGUGUGGAUACAAUUGAGGUCAAUUCAAAAGUUUUGUAUUCAGUCAUUAUUGUGUGAGAGUUCACUUCUAAUCAGUGGCGUUUCGCAGGACCCCCCCCCAAGGUCCAAGCAAGGCCCCCCGGCUCCCCUAUGAGGCAUAGAGAAAAAUGUGCAUUUUUAUAGCUAAUUUCAUGCUAUUUUACACAUUUUGCCAUGAGGCUGAGAUAAAAUACCCCCCCCCCCUCCCCCCUCUAACUGCUCUCUACCCCCCCUCUACACCCAUUCUACCCCCAAGUCUCAGGUUUCGUCCUUCUCUCUAGAGCCAGAUUCACCAAGUGUUUUCUUUGUGCAACAGAGCAAAGUUCUGCACCAGUUUCUUUCCACAGGGAAUAACACACAUAAACAAUAGAUCAAAAUAAAUAAAAAAUAUGUUAGAAGGAGAUAAUCUAGAUAAGUAUAGAUUAACACAGUUCCAUGUUUGUAGCUUAUCUCACUCCCCUCUAAAAAAACUAACAGGUUGAAACUUUGUACCUGGUGUGAACCAAACUUUUAGUCUGGCCUUUAAGUACACUGCUCUCUCUUUAGGAUACGCUGACUGACUGGAGAGGAUUGUUCCUACAACCAACUGAAAGCUCAGACUAACUAACCACCUGUUUAGUAAAACCUGCCAAGACAGAUACUUAGAGGAUUUAUAAAGUUCUAGACUGCUAAGAUAAUAGUUGCCAUUAGAGGUUAAGUUCGAUUUUUAUAUCAGUGUUUGCCUUAUGAUAAAGGCAGCUUAUUGUCUACAAGUUAGCUAAUUACAGUAAUAGAUGUAUUGCAUCGCAGCAAUAGAGUUCCAAGCAAGCUGCCUUGUUAUUCUUUUUGUGUUUGUAACAGGGAACGUAUGGUGCCCUUCGUUGAGUGUAUAGAUGUCCUUGCUAGGGAAAGAAUUCAGCUGUAACUCUUAUGGUGGUGUUGAAGUUGUUGUUAUCUGAGUUCUCCUGUGUGUCCCUGGAGGACAAAGCUCCCGAGGUGUUACUGUCGGUGCUGUGCAGACCUUGCUCUCUUCUCAGUCUACCCUCACACAGCAAGGUGUUACCUGAAGCAGGGUUUCCAUUCCUUCACUUAGACAGGGCAGGUCCCCCUGUCUAAAGGCGUCCGCAUGCUUCCCAGACGGAAGUGUUUGUGCAUAUAUUACGACGACAUUUUGUGACGUUUUGGUUCGUUUUGGACUUCAGUGAGUCCAAAACUAACUGUUCGGCUGUUCGGACACGCAACAAGCUGAAGUUCAGAGCCGACGUCUACGCCCCUUUGUCGGUGAUUGGUCAACAGUAGGGAUUCAUCAAUAACGUCUUUGUUGUCAGUCAACGAGGGAUGACUCAUUUACAUGCACAUUUUUUCAUUGAGAAAUCCUGCACCAAACCUCUUAGUUAGAUAUAAAAUUGCGUGACUAAGAUCUCCUCUGCAAAAACGUCAAAAUUAAUGACAGCUUUCUUGAGUUAUCUUAGAUUAAUUCGGACUAUUUUGAGGAAGUGUAUACUGGCUACGGCGUCUCAAAAUGGACAAACAGUACUAUUGCGUUCUUUUUCUAGUUUUUCAAGUGAAGGUCUUCUAAAGGAGGAUGCCAGCACAGUUGUUUGGUUAUCUUCCCCUAGCCUAUUGGACGCCCCGCCUAUGCUGUCGUCAAUGUGAAAGUAACCCUUGCAUAAACAGCACUCUCUCUGCUCUCUGCUGAGUUAAAGGCAUGCAGGCAAGCAGCUUCUCUCCGAGCGAUGCUCCGCAUGGUCCUAAAGCCAGCCACCCGAUACGCGAGACAGACGUUGCAUUUCAAUCGGGAUUGGAAUGAUUUUAUUCUACUUUCUUGUAGCCUACUUUUACAUUUUUGGUCUUGAGCUAGGGUAUGGAGACUGUCAUCCCACUGGGCACAGAAGUCAGUUCAACGUAUAGUUUUGAUUUACAUUUUGUUGAGUUGUCAGCUAACGUGAAUUCAACGUUAAAUCAACAAAACAUUUCACCAUGUCAUUAGAUGUAGGUUAAAAGUUGGGUGAAAAAAAUACUAAGUUACCUUACGUUGAUGACUUUUUUCAAAUCCAAUCAGUCACAUUUUUUGGGUUGAAAUGACAUGGAAACAACGUUGGUUCAACCAGUUUUUGCCCAGUGGGGUACCCUGCUAUACCCUGCUAUACCCAACUGACACCCCUGAUUCCUUGGGGGCCAUCGGGCCUACAGAUUCUCACAAGCGUUCGCUCUAAGCAGUGACCACUGAACAGGGUUUUGGGGCUGGGGAACAUCACAUUGAUGCAGACAUAUUCUGGUCUCUGAUACUGACAGUAAAUCUGAACAACUGUCUGUCUAUUAGUAACAGACAGAGCGAGAGAGAGAGAGAGAGAGAGAGAGAGAGAGAGAGACAGACAGAGAGACAGAGAGAGACAGAGACAGAGAGACUGCCGCUACCUCGCUCUCCAACCAAGGUGUAUGAAUUGAGGAGCGAAUUGAAGUUGCUGAAUGUCCUCUUCACUUCAGAGUGAGGAGAGUUAUAUAUAUUACAGGGCUGGACAGACAGAGGGAAAAUGAGUGGGAAAGAAGGAGAGGGAGACAUGGUUAUACUGUAUAUUAGAGGGCUGGACAGACAGUGGGAAAAGGAGUGAGAGGGAGAGAGAGACAUGGUUAUACUGUAUAUUAGAGAGCUGGACAGACAGAGGGAAAAGGAGUGGGAGACAGGGAGAGAGAGACAUGGUUAUACUCUGGGGUACGAUAUCCUUAAUAAAGAUGAGCAAAAAUGACUAUAAAAUAAAUACAAAUACUGAGUUGUAUUGUAUGCUAUUUUCUAUUGUUUUAUUAUAUUAUUUUAUACUAAUACAUUUGCUCAGAGAAAGAGAAUGUUUAACAAGUAAUGUUUUUUUCUCAAAAAGGUAGGGGUCAUAAAUUGACACCCCUGUUUUCAAUACCUUUCAAUAACUCACCUUUCGAAUACCACUGAGACUUUUUCUCAAAUGUUUUAUGAGUUGGAGAACACAUUGGGAGGGAUCUUAGACCAUUCCUCCAUACAGAAUCCUUCCAGAUCCUUUUCAUAUCCUUCGUUUGCACUUACGGACUGCACUCUUCAAUUCAAACCACAGGUUUUCAAUGGGUUUCAGGUCCAGAGACUGAGGCGGCCAUUGCAAAAUGUUGAUUUUGUGGCCAACUAACCAUUUCUUUGUGGAUUUUGAUGUGUGCUUGGGGUUAUUGUCUUGCUGGAAGAUUUACUUGUGGCCUAGUUUCAGCCUCCAGGCAGAGGCCACCAGGUUUUUGGCUAAAAUGUCCUGGUACUGGGUAAAGUUUGUGAUGUCGUUGACCAUAACAUCAAAGAUCCACCACCAUAUUUUACAGAAGGUAUGGGGUUAUUUUCUGCUCAUGCGUUCUCAUUUUGACGCCAAAACCACCUCUGGUCAAAGAGCUAUAUUUUCAUGUCAUCCAACAAAUGUAAACAGCUGGAGUUUGCUAAACGGCAUUUGCACUUGGAUUGGAACCGGUGCUUUGGUCAGAUGACAUGAAAAUAGAGCUCUUUGGCCACGCAGACCAGUGGUGGGUUUGGUGUCGAAAGGAUUACUUGUUAAACAAAAUCUCUUUCUCUGGGAAAUCGUAUUGGUAUAAUAUAAUUUCCCCAUUUUAGUUGAGGAUACAAUAUAGCUCAGUAGUUGUAUUAUUUGAAACAGUCUGUUUUCCUCAUCUUUAUCAUUUCAGAUCCCACUGUACAUUAGAGGGCUGGCGAGUCAGUCAGUCUAUAUAUAUCUGUGUAGCUCUCUAUCCACCCUGCACAGGGUCCCUGGCGAGCCAAAAGAAAAACUCCCCUUUCAACACCUCCUCACACUGCUAUAAAUACACACCUCAGGGGGGUAGGGUUUGUGUGUGUGUGUGUGUGAUGGGGGUGAAGACACGUUGUUCACACUAACAGAAAAGGAAGCGGUAGAAUAGCACAGGAAGUGACAUCAUUGGUCAGGAAAGCGUAUGUUCUUGGCGUGUGUUUCAGGUAUCAAUAAAAUAAAAACCACAAAUGUAGUAUGUGAAUUAAUAGGAUUUUAAAUUAAUUUAUUUGCAAAUUAUGGUGGAAAAUAAGUAUUUGGUCACCUACAAACAAGCAAGAUUUCUGGCUCUCACAGACCUGUAACUUCUUCUUUAAGAGGCUCCUCUGUCCUCCACUCACUACCUGUAUUAAUGGCACCUGUUUGAACUUGUUAUCAGUAUAAAAGACACCUGUCCACAACCUCAAACAGUCACACUCCAAACUCCACUAUGGCCAAGCCCAAAGAGCUGUCAAAGGACACCAGAAAGAAAAUUGUAGACCUGCACCAGGCUGGGAAGACUGAAUCUGCAAUAGGUAAGCAGCUUGGUUUGAAGAAAUCAACUGUGGGAGCAAUUAUUAGGAAAUGGAAGACAUACAAGACCACUGAUAAUCUCCCUCGAUCUGGGGCUCCACGCAAGAUCUCACCCCGUGGGGUCAAAAUGAUCACAAGAACGGUGAGCAAAAAUCCCAGAACCACACGGGGGACCUAGUGAAUGACCUGCAGAGAGCUGGGACCAAAGUAACAAAGCCUACCAUCAGUAACACACUACGCCGCCAGGGACUCAAAUACUGCAGUGCCAGACGUGUCCCCCUGCUUAAGCCAGUACAUGUCCAGGCCCGUCUGAAGUUUGCUAGAGUGCAUUUGGAUGAUCCAGAAGAGGAUUGGGAGAAUGUCAUAUGGUCAGAUGGAACCAAAAUAUAACUUUUUGGUAAAAACUCAACUCGUCGUGUUUGGAGGACAAAGAAUGCUGAGUUGCAUCCAAAGAACACCAUACCUACUGUGAAGCAUGGGGGUGGAAACAUCAUGCUUUGGGGCUGUUUUUCUGCAAAGGGACCAGGACGACUGAUCCAUGUAAAGGAAAGAAUGAAUGGGGCCAUGUAUCGUGAGAUUUUGAGUGAAAACCUCCUUCCAUCAGCAAGGGCAUUGAAGAUGAAACGUGGCUGGGUCUUUCAGCAUGACAAUGAUCCCAAACACACCGCCCGGGCAACGAAGGAGUGGCUUCGUAAGAUGCAUUUCAAGGUCCUGGAGUGGCCUAGCCAGUCUCCAGAUCUCAACCCCAUAGAAAAUCUUUGGAGGGAGUUGAAAGUCUGUGUUGCCCAGCGACAGCCCCAAAACAUCACUGCUCUAGACGAGAUCUGCAUGGAGGAAUGGGCCAAAAUACCAGCAACAGUGUGUGAAAACCUUGUGAAGACUUACAGAAAACGUUUGACCUGUGUCAUUGCCAACAAAGGGUAUAUAACAAAGUAUUGAGAAACUUUUGUUAUUGACCAAAUACUUAUUUUCCAUCAUAAUUUGCAAAUAAAUUCAUUAAAAAUCCUACAAUGUGAUUUUCUGGAUUUUUUUUCUCUCAUUUUGUCUGUCAUAGUUGACGUGUACCUAUGAUGAAAAUUACAGGCCUCUCUCAUCAUUUAAGUGGGAGAACUUGCACAAUUGGUGGCUGACUAAAUAUUUUUUCCCCCACUGUAUUAUGCAUUGUGUAAUUAUGGUUUGAAUUCCAGGUAGUCUUUAUUGCAGUCCUGCUGUGCAGAUUAUCAGACGUUUAACAUCUCAGGAACCACAUCAAUAUUAUAUAGCAAUCUUCUAAGAUGGUGGGCAUAACUUCAACAUUUGUAUUGCUGUUGCUAGAAUGUAGAGUUUUCUAACUAGAGUGUACUAUGUAUAUUGCAGUAAUGUGAUGCUGUGAUGCCUGUCUGUCCUGUGUGAUGUAGAUGGGUCGUCUGGAUAAGAACCACCCGUUGGUGACUGGCCAUGCUGGGCCUGUCCUGGACAUCGACUGGUGCCCUCACAACGACAACAUCCUGGCAUCCUGCUCAGAGGACACCACCGCCAUGGUAAGGCUGGCAGCCUGUGUGUGAGUGUGUUAUAUUGCAUAUCAUAGCUAAACAAUAUAAUGUAUCAACUGUCAGUGUUUUUUAAGAACUGGCCCUGGACUGUUGUUCAUCUAAUGAGCUGUUAAACCAAGGCCCUGACUCUCUGUGGUCAGUAUGGAUCACAUGGCGCUUGUCUCAUGAGGAGUACUACAGUACUGUGGUGUAGGGGUGUUAGCCCCGGUGUUCUGCCUAAACCCCUUACGUGGCCUCACACUUAUGACAAGAGGACUCAGUGGGAGAAUAGAAAGGUGGGUGGUGUUGGAGGGAUGGCAUGUUAGGUGGAUGGAGGGAGGUAUAGGAGAGAUGAGUGGUGGGUAGGGGUGCAGGGGGGUGGGGUGCGGGCGGUCAAGAGGGGGGUGGCGGGGUUGGGUUGUUGGGGUAACGGCUGGUUGGUAUUUAUAAACAUGUGUUAACACAGCUCCCCUGAAUACCCCUCUGCCUCAUCCACCAAUCAGAUGACAGAGCCUCUCAGGAUGAGCAGGGAUGAGAUAUCAAAGUUGUGUGUGCGUGUGUGUGCAAGGAAUGUGGUUUAUCAGACCUCCUAGUGCUACAGUCCACCAAGACCUUGCAUCACAAGGGCAGCACAAGGACAAGUGUGUGUGUGUGUGCUUGUGUUCUGGGUUUAUCAAAGAGGGAACGUGUUGAUGCAAACAAGGGAUUUUGGCACAUUUCAUUUUGUGAAUUUUCUCAUACUUCAGAAUUCACUAUACGAAAUAGUAUGGAAAAAACAUUCUAUAAGAUAUAGUAUUAGAAUUAGGUCAUAGCAAUGUUCUUUGUGUCCCCAUGUGUAAUGUUAUUUUGUGUCCCCAUGUAGGUGUAACAUUAUGUGUCCCCCUUUAGGUGUGACAUUGUAUUGUGUCCCUGUGUAGGUGUAACAAUAGAAUGAAUUGAACGGGUGUCUCCAUUCAAGUUAAUGAUUCAAGGGUUGACUGGCGGCCAUUGUGAGUGUACCCAUAGGAGCAAAGCAGGAAGUAAAAGCUACAGUUGGUUUAAGACAUAGAGGAUGAUAGAGGCCUCUAGUGGCCAAACGUCCAUUUUAGCAUGGGAAGAGUCAUUGAGGGCUUCCACCAUGCUUCCGCCAUGGCAUAUAUUAUUAUAUUAUAUUAUUAAAGUAGUCAAAGCAGUCAACUGGGUGGGGAUUCCUAUGGGUUGGAGCCUAAAUGUUGCUGCCCAUGCGGUCACAGACACUAUAAUGGCACAGAUAUAAAGACGAGUCCUCUGUCUAUCUCUAUGGUUGAAGAUGACACAACGGGACCUCUCAUCCAAUGGGUUUUGAGAAAGAGGCGAGGAAGGAGGAGGGAAGAUGUGAGGAGUAUGCAAUUGAGAUUCUCCCCUUGUCAUCUUCAAAUAUAUUCUAUCGCAUGAGCCACGUCAGUUAGCAUCAUUUGAAUGAACAUUCUACAUGACCAUUUACAUUGUUGCAUCACAAUACCAAGCAGCCAUUGCGAGUGUACCCAUGAUACUGUAUAUAAUGACGAGAUGGUCUUCGCCUUGACAAUGGGAGUCGUUGUCCCAAAGGCGGGGAGGCAGGUGGUCUGCUUAUCGGUAUAUUCCCGCGUGGACACAUUUUGACAGGAGUGGAUCCUCUCGCUCUGCCUCUUCCUCAAUGCCAUGAGUCUACCCAUACAUAAAUAUAGAUGUGGCAUAUCUCCAUGAGCCUACCAGCCAAAUUGCCAGGCUAAGCGAUUCCAAGCCCGUUCUAGUUAUUCUAUUUCUAUGGGUGUAACAUUGUAAUGUGUCAUCCUGUAGGUGUGUAAUGUUAUAUUGUAAGGGUGCGUUCGUAAAGUUACUCUGGCUAUCUACUCCGAUUUCAGAGCACUCUCGUCUGAGUGUGCCAGAGCGCAGAAUAACUGAUUAAUUUACGAUCGCUCAACACCCGCUGAAUAUGGCCGGUGUCAGUAAACGUCGGCAAAAAAACGUAAUGAAAUUGUUGCCAGCAGCACAGUUAGUCACCAACGCUCUGGAUAACAUGAAAACAGCCUAACCAGUUAUGCUAGGGCGAGAGUGAGGUUUUAAACUAAUUUGUGUCUGGAAGUAGCUAGACAACGUUAGCCAGUUAGCUUGGGUGCUGGAAUGCCGUUGUGAGGUCAGGACGCUCGGAUCAACCCUACUCCCCGGCCAGAGUGUCCAGUGUGCGCUCUGAACGCUCCGAGAGUGAAACGCUCUCAAUUUACGAACGCCCAGAGCGCACUCUGAGCGCACUCUGGCACUCCAGAUUGAAUUUACGAACAUUGUUUUGAACAUUCGUUUUAGGACUGAUGCCCGACUGAGUGUUCUGCUCAAUGCAUUGUCAACUGGCACUGAUGAAGAUUUCAUCUAAAGUGCAUUACAGUGGCUUGGAAAUACAAUUACAUUUCUAAAGGAGACAAAUAAUUAGUAGGAAAACCUUUUGUCAUUGUGAUGUUGCCAGAUUGAUUUUAGAUGCAGUGCAACGUUAGCUAGCUAGCUAAGAUUGACGAGAGACCACCGGAAUUUAGCUAGCUAAUGUUAGCAUUGCUAGCUAUUUUUGAUGAACAUUGCUAGCUAAUGACAACAUUGCAAUCGGUCUAAAGUAAAUUUGACAGCAUGAUGAUGAGGGCAAAGUUGUUUCCUACUAAAUAUUUGCCUACUUUAGCAAUGUCAUUGUAUUUCCAGGCAAAGCAGUCAUUAGCCUCCGUUCAGAAUGACUGGGCUCUACACGGCUUGAGAACGUUUAUAACAAUAGCAUGACGUGUCGGAGGUGCAACCUAUAGGUGUAACGUUGUUUUGUGUCGCCCUCUAGGUGUAACAUUAUUUUGUGUCCCUCUAUACAGUGAGGGAAAAAAGUAUUUGAUCCCCUGCUGAUUUUGUAAGUUUGCCCACUGACAAAAACAUGAUCAGUCUAUAAUCUUAAUGGUAGGUUUAUUUGAACAGUGAGAGACAGAAUAACAACAAAAAAAUCCAGAAAAAUGCAUGUCAAAAAUGUUAUGAAUUGAUUUGCAUUUUAAUGAGGGAAAUAAGUAUUUGACCCCUCUGCAAAACAUGAUUUAGUACUUGGUGGCAAAACCCUUGUUGGCAAUCACAGAGGUCAGACGUUUCUUGUAGUUGGCCACCAGGUUUGCACACAUCUCAGGAGGGAUUUUGUCCCACUCCUCUUUGCAGAUCUUCUCCGUCAUUAAGGUUUCGAGGCUGACGUUUGGCAACUCGAACCUUCAGCUCCCUCCCCAGAUUUUCUAUGGGAUUAAGGUCUGGAGACUGGCUAGGCCACUCCAGGACCUUAAUGUGCUUCUUCUUGAGCCACUCCUUUGUUGCCUUGGCCGUGUGUUUUGGGUCAUUGUCAUGCUGGAAUACGCAUCCACGACCCAUUUUCAAUGCCCUGGAUGAGGGAAGGAGGUUUUCACCCAAGAUUUGACGGUACAUGGCCCCGUCCAUCGUCCCUUUGAUGCGGUGAAGUUGUCCUGUCCCCUUACCAGAAAAACACCCCCAAAGCAUAAUGUUUCCACCUCCAUGUUUGACGGUGGGGAUGGUGUUCUUGGGGUCAUAGGCAGCAUUCCUCCUCCUUCAAACACGGCGAGUUGAGUUGAUGGCAAAGAGCUCGAUUUUGGUCUCAUCUGACCACAACACUUUCACCCAGUUCUCCUCUGAAUCAUUCAGAUGUUCAUUGGCAAACUUCAGACGGGCCUGUAUAUGUGCUUUCUUGAGCAGGGGGACCUUGCGGGCGCUGCAGGAUUUCAGUCCUUCACGGCGUAGUGUGUUACCAAUUGUUUUCUUGGUGACAACGGUCCCAGCUGCCUUGAGAUAAUUGACAAGAUCCUCCCGUGUAGUUCUGGGCUGAUUCCUCACUGUUCUCAUGAUCAUUGCAAUUCCACAAGGUGAGAUCUUGCAUGGAGCCCCAGGCCGAGGGAGAUUGACAGUUAUUUUGUGUUUCUUCCAUUUGCGAAUAAUCGCACCAACUGUUGUCACCUUCUCACCAAGCUGCUUGGCGAUGGUCUUGUAGCCCAUUCCAGCCUUGUAUAGGUCUACAAUCUUGUCCCUGACAUCCUUGGAGAGCUCUUUGGUCUUGGCCAUGGUGGAGAGUUAGGAAUCUGAUUGAUUGAUUGCUUCUGUGGACAGGUGUCUUUUAUAUAGGAGCACUCCCUUUAAAAGUGUGCUCAUAAUCUCAGCUCGUUAACUGUAUAAAAGACACCUAGGAGCCAGAAAUCCUUCUGAUUGAGAGGGGGUCAAAUACUUAUUUCCCUCAUUAAAAUGCAAAUCAAUUUAUAUAUUUUUUUACAUGCGUUUUUCUGGAUUUGUUUGUUGUUAUUCUGUCUCUCACUGUUCAAAUAAACCUACCAUUAAAAUUAUAUACUGAUCAUGUCUUUGUCAGUGGGCAAACGUACAAAAUCAGCAGGGGAUCAAAUACUUUUUUCCCUCACUGUAGGUGUAAUGUAUUUUUGUGUCCCCCGUAGGUGUUAAGUUAUAUUGUGUCCCCCUGUAGGUGUUAAGUUAUAUUGUGUCCCCCUGUAGGUGUUAAGUUAUAUUGUGUCCCCCUGUAGGUGUUAAGUUAUAUUGUGUCCCCCUGUAGGUGUUAAGUUAUAUUGUGUCCCCUUGCAGGUGUGGCAGAUCCCUGAUCAGAUGGGGACCCGGCCCAUAUCAGAGCCCAUCGUGGUCCUGGAGGGACACUCCAAACGCGUCGGCAUUGUCACCUGGCACCCCACUGCACGCAACAUACUACUCACUGCAGGUACACACACGCAGACGCGCACACACACGCAGACGCGCACACACACACACGCACGCACGCACGCACGCACGCACGCACACUCACUCACUCACUCACUCACUCACUCACUCACUCACUCACUCACUCACUCACGCACACUCACUCACUCUCUCCCCCCCCCCAGGCAGUGAUAACCUGAUAAUAAUCUGGAACGUGGGAACUGGCGAGGCGCUCAUCUCCAUGGACGACCACCCAGACCUCAUCUACAACGUCAGCUGGAACCGUAACGGCAGCCUGUUCUGCACCACCUGUAAGGACCGACGCCUCCGCGUAUGUGACCCCCGCAAGAGAGAGGUGGUC